AUGGAGAAAAGGAGAGUGUUUGAUGGGGACCUCCUGAACUUCUCAUAUGUUUGUUUGUUUGUUUUCUUUGCAGAGUUUUGUCAAGAUCCUCCACCAAAGAUCAGUUAUGCCACCUUCAAAGCCCACUCAUACAAGAAUGGCACCAUAUUGCUCUGUGAAUGCAAGCUAGGCUUUCGCAGAAUAAGUAAUGCAUAUAUGCUUUGUACAGGAAACUCUAACCACACUUCCUGGGAAAACAAAUGUCAAUGUGCUUCCUCUAGGAACCCAGGAAAACCAGUUACACCUAAACCUGCAGAAGGGGAAGAAAGAAAAACCACAGAAAUGCAAAGUCAAAUGCAGCCUCUGGACCAUGUAAACCUUCUAGGUCACUGCAGGGAGCCUCCACCAUGGGAACAUGAAGCAAUGGAGAGAAAGUAUCAAUUUGUGGUGGGGCAGACAAUUCAAUACGAGUGCAUCGAGGGAUACGGGGUCCAACAGAGAGGCCCUGGCGAAAGCACUUGCAAAGUGAUCAAUGGAAGAGUAAAGUGGACACAGCCCCAGCUCACAUGCACAGAUGAAUUGAUUCCAGGUGAAGAAGAGGCUGAAUCAAGCACUGAGGCACUUCCUGAGAGUGAAACUUCUUGUCCCUCAAUAACAACAGUUUCUCAAAAACAUACAGAAGUAGUUACAACCAUGGAGACGUUCAUAUUCACUACAGAGUAUCAGAUUGCAGUGGCUGGUUGUAUUUUCCUGCUGAUCAGUAUCCUGCUUCUGAGUGGGUUCACCUGGCGACAGAAAUGGAGCUGGUCCAGGUUUAACUAUAAUAUAGUGCCCUCCGGGGAUAAAGCAAAAGCGAAAGCGAAUGUUAGUUGCGGGGCCGCUAGUCCGUGGGACCUGCGCUCACACUGCCCUUUCGGGUCCUUCGGCAUCUGCACGCGUCAGGCGCACCCAGUGCCUCCAGGGCCCGUGAGUGCGGCGGGCGCCCGGGCGGGUCUCGAGCGCCCGGAGGCGGCAGCUAAGAUUGAGCGUGCGGCCGGCGGGGGCGCGGCCGAGCGCCUCAGUCUAUGGCCGGGCGGGGGCUCCGGGGUUGCCGGGUCACCGCCCUCUCGACGCUGGCGCUGCUACUGCCGCUGCUGCUGCUGCUGCUCCAGCCGCAGGCGAUGCAUGGUAGGAGCAGGCGUGAGCCCCCCGCGGGGCUGCGGGAAGGGGCACCGUGCGCCCGAGGUGGUGGUAGAUAGCAGGGAGCGCCCCACCUAUUCCGGGAACAGAAGGUUGCGCCGCUCAGGCUGGGAGUCCAUUCCUAGAGGAAAGAGGUGUGAGGUGGGGAAGGGGAAAAGAGGGGCUCAGAGUCUCGAUCUCCGCCCCGCCUGGGGGACCGCGUGGCCACGGCACCCCACAUACCUUCAGAAGAGCCGCGGCCGCCGCCGCCGCCAGCGAGGUGCGGGCUGA